AUGAAGGCGACGACGAAGGCGAAGGCGCCGAGAAAGACGACAGACAGCGCACGCUGGCCGUGUGCCGCCUCGUUCGGGAGCACCUCCGCACGCGCGACCCCGGCUGGGGCGGGUGGAGGAGCGGCUGGCCCUCUGACCUACCGUGAGGUCAUCGACGCGGGGUACUUCUUCCCCUCGGCCAACUCGAUCGACUUCCAAGCCGGCGUCCGCGUGCUCAAGAACGAGUCUCAAGGCCAAGGCGCCACAUCGGCCCUGACUCCGGACCUGCAGCGCGCCGUCGACCGCGUCACCGGCGGACCGCAUUCCAGCUCGCUCCUGCGCCUCAACUCGUCGCUCCAGUGCUACCAGCCGCCUCCCGUGUCGGCCAAGCUUGAGUCUGGCGCACCCUUCGUCAACAGCUCGGACGACGGCUACAGCAUCGUCGACUACUACCAGCUCAGAUACUUCAGCGCGCUGUCGCCCGACGGAAAGAUGAUCGCCUGCUCCAACACGCUGGCCGUCAAUCUCUUCCGAUUAGACGAGUCCACGUCUAAGACCAAGGAGGUGCAGGUGACCAAACACGACGCCAAGCUCACUGCAUGGGACAACUACCUGGUGACCGGUACUUUCAACGGUGGCCUGCAGCUGAUCGACAUGCUGCCGAUCCCCUCAAAGUCCGCCGCUCAUGGUCGCCUGCUGCUCAUGGUCGCCCUCCGCUCGUCGCCGAAGUCCGCCGCUCGUGGUCGUCGUCCGCAGGAGCAGGCGCAGCCGCUCAGGUUGUCUUCGUGGCCUUGUUGGAUGCCUUCGUGUUUGGUGAGGGUGCCCUCUUUCUGUCCUUCUCAUUGUCAUCGUCGCUGCUGGUGCUGCUGCUACCACCGCCGUUGA